AUGUCGUCUUACGCUCUUGAUAGCAAGAAGGCACUUUACAAAGAUGCUUCUUCCCAGGCCAAAACCUUCCGACACCAGGUCAAGAAUGGGCUUUUAACUACGGGAGAGGUGGAAGAGAAAAGGCAAACUGUUUUCAGUCUCUAUGCUGGUGCUAUGAAUGACCUGGAGAGUUGGACCGAGUACCGGUUUCCAUUCUAUUGGACAUGA